CAGUGUUUCUAGUGAGGGCAGUCCUGCUCAGGCUACAACAGCAGAAAGAAGGAACCACAUGCAAGUGGGAGCGUGUGUGUGUGAGUCAUAUCAGGUUUUGAGAGGCUGAAAGCACACAGCAUUCCUGGAGGAGGUUUGUCAGGCAACACACCAGUUGGAAGCUGAAGUGCUGUCGCCCGCUGCUCGCUGCCUUGACUCUGACUGAGAGUCUGGGAAUUGCAUAAAAAAUGGAGUGCCAGUGUGACAAGGACGGGGAUGUUGUUCCAGGCUGGUGGCUGAACGGCAACAGCGCCCAGAUGGGAGGUUUUGCUGUGGUCGGAUAUCUCCUCUACAGAUUCUCUCAGACGCUCCCAGCUCUGAUCCGAUGGCCCAUUCGUCUCUUCUGCUCUUUAACCGGCCUGUCAGCUCUUUGGGGCUGGGUGAGCCACCUCGUGCGAACACUGCGUGGAAUCCAGAGGUUUUUUAAAUGGCUGUCCUGGAUGUGGCGGAUCAUCGUAGGAUCAUCCACAGAUGUUAAUCCAGCCAGCAAACCAGGCUUUAGGCUGAUCCUCAUCGGGCCCGCUGGUGGAGGACGGACCACCCUGCUUGAUACUUUGUUGGGCAACAGUGACACAAAAGCCCCAGUGGGUCACCUUUUAAAUUGCUCCAAGGGAAUGACAGUAUUAGACGGUAGAGAGGUUACAGUGAUCGACACCCCGGAUCUUCUUGGGUCAUCACUGGGGAGCAACAGUAGAGCCAGGGAGGCUUUAAGGAGUCUUCAGCUUGUCAGUCCUGGACCACACGCCUUCCUGCUGGUGGUCCGGGCUCCAGGCUCCAGCUUGGGGAUCGGCCAAGACGCUAACCAGGCGAUCAAAGCCACGCUAGAGCUGUUUGGGGAGGGAGUCAUGGGACAUAUCAUCCCAGUGCUCACCCACGCAGACGGCCUGGAUCAGAGGCGCACUGUGGAUCAGCUGCUGGAUGUGGACGCUGGGGCUCUGAGAAGGGCUGUGUCUCUGUGCGGCCAGAGGCCUGAGCUGGUGGACAACAGGCCAGACUGCCCCCCAGAGGCACAGAGUGCGACUCGCAGGCAGUUGGUGGGGCGGGUGAUGGAGAUGAUGGAGCUGAGGGGGCAUUUCGUCCACGAGCUGCAGAGGAGGGAGGACCGGAUCAGGGAGGAGCUGCUGACUGACAUGGCCUCGGUACUGGCAAGAAAACUAGGACACAUGUGAAUGAAGGAGAAAAAGCCUCAGUGUUGUUGGUGUGUGAAACACUUACAAGGGCAGUGGACAAAAUAAGGAGUCUUUUGUGUGUUAAACAUGCAAUCUUGACUUUAAGUGUAAGGGUGAUUCCCUGUUUGAGGUAUUUUUGUCACCCUGCUGGUUUACCCCUGUCCAAAUGAAUGUACUACUCAUGGUGGCCGGUUGGUUUUCCACAUGCCACAGAUGCUUUUGGUUGGAUCUCAUGGUCACACAAACCUUAUUUUCCUAUUCUGAUGUAUUGAAAUUCUUGAAUGUCAGCAUAUUGUUCAGUAUGAGCCUGUGCCUCAUGUUUUCAUACUCCAGUGCUGAGGCCACCUCUAUCUUUUAUAAUGUAUGAAGGAUAUGAAACUUUAAAGAUGAUCAGGGAAAAUAAACUGAGGUCACAUCGGGACUACAGUUCAGCAGCAGUUCUUAGUGCACUUUGUCCAGAAGCCUCUGAAAUGACAUUUAGUUCAAAUAUAUAACAAUUUCUCAAUUUAGUUACUGGCGUUACAGACUGUAUUGAUAUAGCUGAGUUCAGAGAAGAUUUUUAAUAUAUUGGCAAGAGAUAAGAAUAACAGGUCAAUGUUUAAACACACUUUCAUUUACUAACUCGUCAUUUGCAGAAUUGUCAGAUUUCUCACAUCUUUUUCUUUUCUUUUAUGUGCUUAUCUCAUUGUUACUGUUUUUACUUAUUUUUUAUCAUUAUGGGUACACUUUAUGUCUCAGGGUUAAACUCAUUUUUGUGCUGCAAAGCAAAUCUACUUAAAAAUAAAGUAACCAGACCUAACCUAACCUAAACCAUACAAUAUGUUUAGUGAAUACUGUAAUUAUCAUAUUUGUAUGUCAAGUGCAAGUGUAUUAGCAUCUCUAUGUUGAUUGUUGGUUAUGUGUUGAAUAAUAAAUAUGUUCCAAAAAAAGAAA